AGUUGAGAAAAGCCGACACCGAGGAGAGAGUGAUGAUGGCAUCUCUGUACAUCAGCGCUGCGUUUUUCGUUUCUUUGCUGUUGGCAGUAGCAGCUCAGUCAUCGACAAGCACACCAGCUAACGACAAAUGUUGCAGCGGAGUUCCGGGUUUUCCUGGAUCUCCUGGAAGAGAUGGUAGAGAUGGAAGAGAUGGAACAAGAGGUGAGAAAGGUGAAAAAGGUGCGAGUGACAAAAUUGGUCCUCGAGGAUCAAAAGGAGCUAUGGGAAUACAAGGCAGUAAAGGAGAUUUGGGAGGAAAAGGAGAAAAGGGAGAGGCGACUCGGCAAGUAAACUGGAAGCAAUGUGUGUGGAAGAGUAGUGAUGGCAAAGACUCUGGACUUAUUCGGGAAUGUCGCUUUAAGAAAAAGCACGGACACACUGCACUGCAUGUGGCAUACGGAGGAAAUCUGCGUAUCAAUUGUGCCAAUUGUUGUUCUCGUUGGUUCUUUACAUUCAAUGAUCAAGAGUGCACGGGACCCAUGGCAAUCGACGCAGUAUAUUAUACUCGUGCAGUUAACGACAUUCAUCGUCACAGACAAAUCGAAGGUUACUGCGAGAACAUUCCGGCCGGUGACGUCAGAGUUGGUUUCCAUGUUGGACAAUGUUCCGGUUACGGUGUGGCUGAUGCUCACUCUGGCUGGAACUCCGUAUCUCGAAUAAUGAUAGCAGAGAUGCCACCAGCUGAACAGUAACUUUGGCGACUUCAAACGAAGUCUUUACUUUUGCGUAAAGCAUUUCUAAGUUUUGCAAGACUUACUAUCUAGGCAUUUAUGUGCAAUGUAUGCGAGAACGUCUUCCCGCGUUGCUAGACAUAUACUCUAACAAUAAAUAACUAGAAAGUUA